GAUUACAAUAAUAAACACACAUGACACAUCUCCUCUCUCGCUCUCCCUCCCAGGCAGCAUCCAAAGAAGCGGCUAGCUUUGCUGCUGCUGCUCCAACCGAAAAGGCGAGGGGAGACGGAGGAGGGGCGGCCGUGGGGAGGAGCGUGAGGCCGCGAGCUCCAGCUCCAGCUCAACCCUGAAGAAGAAGGCCUCUCCCCUUCCCCCGAGCUCAAGCCCAGAGCAAAGCUCACUUAUGUCUGCCUAUGGAGUCAUCUACAACUGAUGCCGGUGAUAAGCAUUUGGAGAGCUACCUGACAUUGGGUUUGACAGUAUCGCAGUCAAAGAAAGGGAAUACCAAGUUUCCAAAGGUCCUGUCGCUUCUUGCCACAUAUCUGGGCAGAUCAGUUCAGAAGAAUGAAGAAUUACUAGGUUCAAAUGGAAUAAAGGAGGCAGCCACCAUCUUUCAUGGCCAGAAGGUGCCAGAUCUCAGUAUACAGCUCUAUGCAGAACGCAUCUUCAAGUAUGCUGAGUGCAGUCCAUCCUGCUUUGUGUUGGCACUUGUCUACAUGGAGAGAUAUCUACAGCAGCCAAAUGUGUACAUGACGCCCUUCAGCGUUCAUCGCUUGCUGAUUACAAGUGUGGUGGUUGCUGCCAAAUUCACAGAUGACGCGUUUUUCAACAAUGCAUUCUACGCUAGAGUGGGAGGAAUCCGCACAAUCGAGAUGAAUCGGCUUGAACUGGAUUUGUUAUUUAAUCUGGACUUCAGGCUGAAAGUGAACCUAGAGACGUUUGGGAGCUACUGCUUGCAACUGGAGAAACAUGCACCGGUGUCACCAGAGAGACUGCCGGUUCAGGUUCAUCGUGUCAAUGGAUCUAAAGAUUUGAGCUAUAGCAACAGCAGCGCCGACGAGUUUUGCCAGAGCAAGCUUGUAAGCUACAGCAGCCAGGCUCUCCAAGGAUGCAGCUGACCAAUCUAUUUAUGGCCUAAAGUUUUGCAAAGCAUGUGACCUGAUUACUGAUAAUUCUUUUAGAUCUGACAUUUGUGCAUUCAGAUUGCAUUAAGUUGUUCUGAGGGUGUUUGAUUAGUAGGGAUUCGAUUCUGCUUUACUUGUGUAACACUGUAAUUCUUGCAAACCACUUUGUUUAAAAUGUUCACAAUCUAGUUGGGAAACACCAGGUCUGAAUAUUAUUCAGUCCUGUGAUUCCAA